UAGUUGACAAGUUCAGACUUCAGAGCUACCAACAUAAUUAUUUAUUACGUCAUCAUAAAAUAGCGUCGUUUCAAAUUUGUUUCGCGGCAAACACAAUAAAGUUCAAGUUUAUGGUGAAACAAUAGAAUGGAUAUGAAUAAGAUAUUAAAAAACAUUAAUACGCUCAACGAAUAUAUUUCGGCGAGUCGAGAUGCAAUCGGACAAAAUAAAAAUGCAAAAGUGCAAUUUAACAUGUCGUCUGUCCUUGCUUUGAAGAAAAUUAGAUCUUACGAAAUCGAAUAUUUCAACAAAUAUGAACAGAAUGGAAUCGCUUGCAUAGCACUUCAGUAUAUGGUGGAUCUAGCGCCUUCGAAGAGCUGGGGAGUGCUCGGGAAGGAGAUAGUGAAUUUGAUUAAGUAUUGGCUCGAUGCUAUACGAAAACAUUUGAUAAGCCACAGCCCUCAUUGGUGGUCGUUCCUCAGAAUUUUACUGAAGUUUUUAAAGGAAGUCCGCCAAAAAGAUCCAAGUCUACCCAACCUCCUUGUGGAACACACAGCAGAGUGUCUCCUUGACUUAGCAACUAAUGAGAAGGUGGUUGCUGUGCAAAAGUAUGAGAUACUCCAUUGUUUGAAUAUGUACUGCGCUGACUCCAACAGGGAAAUUAGGUUUGCGUUGAGGAACAAGUUGGGGGUGUACUUCACGAAAUUAUCGGCGUACAUAUCCUCGUGCGGCCACUUCCCGUGCCAGCUGUCUGUACUGGAGACGCUCAUGCGCUGGCUCGUGCCGCGUCACGAUCGAACUUUACGGGCAACGUCGGCCGAGAAGUGGUUUCCACCGUCCAUGUUCUCGAGGGAAGCUGUAGACGUCUUCUUGAAUCGACUUUGGAUGGAUUUCUUUCAGGACGCUAGAGAUUUCCUAAACGUUCAAAAUAAAUCAAGCAAUUUGAUACUCUCUGUCAUAUGCAGAAGUCUGUCUAUCGGCAAGAUCGUUGUUAUAUCGGGCAAAGAGAAGCACGUGUCGUGGUUGGACGUGAACUCGAACGGUAAGUGUCUCUCGGUGGUGCUGGACCCUCAAAUGCUGGAGACGUUUGGGGCCACGAACCUCAAGUCCUGGGAGACGCUGCUGAUCAGCGAGGAUAACACGGAGACUGUUAAACUGGACAGAGAAUCUCAUCAACUCACGAUAUCGGUGACGACCGUCCGACCGGCGCACGCGCAUCCCUCACUAAUAAACAUAACGCACGAGCCGACCAGACACGUGAAAUUUGUGGUCAGCUCCAAGAGCGAUUUGACCGAACUUGAUAAAGCCAUGCGCGAAAUUUUUGGAGAUAAAUAUCAGGAAGAAGAUACGAAAUUCUCGCAUCCGGUGAUUGUGAAACGUAAUCGGCGUUCCGGUUAUGUUGUGAGAUCUAGAAAUCAGUGCAAAUCGCCGUCUACAACAUCGACUACAUCAUUGGCACAGCUUCACGAUAGAUUAGCAGUAUUACCCUCGUAUCCGUUUGAUAAAGAGCCAGUGAGCGUUUGCGCACGGCCUGAGUUAUCGAUCAUCACUGAAGUCACCGAGACUGACGACCGUCACAGUCUACAUUCCGCCUCAACACUAAAAUUUAUUCGCUCUUAUGGCGUUUGCUACAGAGGGGCUAAGGCUCAAAAAGAUUGUAGUUCCGAAAGAAAUGAAUCCAAGGAAGUCAGUCGCGGUCUAUCGCCUGCUGUUGGCAAGAAAAAUGCCCCUAGUUGUCUGUUAGUAGCUACAAUAGGCUCAACAGAUGAUUCUGUCAUCAAUACUACUAUGGAAAGAUUCGCUAACAAUAAAGACUUUGUAGAGGAUAAUAUUGUUGAUUUACUUGUAAAGGAAGCCUUGGAAGCUAAUCCUGAGGAUCCAAUAGAUAGUGGUAUAAAUACUGAUGAGAAUAAAAAAACAGGUCAAGAGGAAAAUUGUGAUGUAAUAGACAGUUCUUAUGCUGAAGAUUUUGCGAACGUUACUCGGAAAAGAGGUUGUGCCGUCGUAAGAGAGACUACGUCGGAUGAAUCUAAUACAGAAGCCAUCAGUGGCACGCCAAUAAAGAACGUUAAUACUAAAAGAAAGAAAACUUUACGCAAGAAAUCAAACGAGGGCUGUUUAAAAAACGCUGAAAGUACUGUAUAUGAUGCUGAAGCCGUCGAGGAAUUUUUUAGUCAGCAUUUUGCCGAGAAUUGUGUGGGAGAUGUUAUAAUAAGUCCUACUUUAGCGAAGAAAAUUAAUGAGAGCAGUUCAGAAAGCAGUGAACAUUUUGAUGAACGGGUUAUAGUUGAAAUACAUAAGAAUCCAGAAAUUGAUGUUGAUGCUACUGAAGUUAUUGAUUGUCUUAAGUGUAUUGUUGACAAGGUUUGUGAAGAUUUUGAUAGAUAUACUGAUCCGUUAAACAUAGACACAGAAUUGCAAAAAAAUAUGUGUGAUAUCCAAGAACCAUUAAAAAAAGUUAUGGAUGUUCAAGAGAAUUUACGAAUAGAGGAUGCUCUAACACCCAAAAAUGUAGAUCUUAAAUCAAAUAGAAGUAUUAAAUUAAAAUACACGACUCCAUCUAGAAUAGAUAAAACAAACAGAAAAACUACUGCAUCAAAAAAGAGAAACAAUAUUACGAAAAUAAGUCAAGAUGUAGAAAAAGCCGAUAAAUUACCUCAAAAUGAUGAAUCACUAAAUUCAAGUAUAAUAAAUAAGCAAAGCAAUAAGAAAAAAAGAAUAAACAAGAAAGCAAAGAAAAACACAAAAUCGGUGGUUAACACAAAUAACAUACUAAUUGAUGGAAAUAUAGAAAAAGAGAAUUUAUAUCAGAAUAAUGAUGCUGCUGAAAAUCCUGAAACGGUGGCUAUUAAAAGUAAACCUGAUUUGAAUAAUGACGAUGUGUCCGAUAUAGACACCUCUUUGAUACGCAGAAAACGAAAAUUAUAUUCACCAAAAGAUGAUAGAAUUACUAAUGAGCGUCCGCCACUCUAUAAUUCGGAAGCAGAUGAUGAUAUUAUAGAGGCAAUUACAUCAAAAGUUAAAGCACCCAAAUCUACAACAACCUUUUACAAGGAAAUUGAGAAAGAACGUAAAAAGUUUACCCGAAAAUCAAGAACAAAGAAAUCUAAAAUUCCGGAACCGCCGUCACCUAGAACAUUGAAAAUGAAUAAAGUUUUUGAUAAACUGAAAGAAACUAUAGAAAGUAAUGAAAAAAUAACUUUAGCAGACAAAACAUUUAACGUAGACGUGUAUAACUUUUCGAGUGACAGUGAGGAAGAAUAUUUUAAAAAGAAAAAGAUUGUGCCUCGUAAACGGCCAAGUAUCACAACUAUGGCCAGUUGCGAAUCAGCCAUUUCAACUCGACAUGGAAGGGUUACUAAGAAGAUCAAUUACAAUGAAAACAAAUCAUCUAACGAAGAGAGUGGCAAUCAGGCCACUAAACGUAAACGGAUUAUCAGAAAGCAAAAAAGAAAUCGUCAAGUCAGUACUGAACCUGUAAUGGACCUAGAAGAUCAGAGAAUGAGGCACGGAUCCUCAGAAGUACUAAAUACAUCUAUCAUUGUUGCAAAUCCUAAAGAAACAACAUACACCGAAGUCGAGCCUGUUUUACAAAAAGCACCCGAAUUAGAAACUAUUGUUGAUGACAAACAAAGUACGAAAGAAGCUAACGUAAAGAAUAAGUCGGUAAAAAGGAACAAAAAGAUAGAGCUGUCAUUAAAGAAAACAAAUACAAGCAAAACUAAUUCUAUCGAUGUCCCUGUCAGGGAUGAUAGAACAGAAAGUCCCUUACCCGGUUUAGUGGUUGAGUCAGCACCUGUUUGCAUUGAGGAUAACAACGAUUCUGUGACUGGUACAAUGUUUCAAAAACUCAAGAAAUAUUACCAAGAUGGUUUCGAUGGGUAUGUCAAUGAAACAAAUACUACGCAAAACUUAUUAUCUGAUAUGGAGCGAGUAAACUAUAGUCCAUAUAAGGCACGUGCAUCUGAAAAUAGAGUUGAUAUUCAAAAAGAAAAAUCAUUUGAUAGAAGUGAAGUAGUUCGUAUUAAAACCGAAAUUGCACAAGAUCAGAAAAAGAAAACAAGUGCUAAACAUAAGGCUGCAAAUAGCCGUCUGUUCAAUAAAACUAAAAAUGUUGAAAAUGUUGCAAAUAUGUCAGGAACUUUAGAUGAUAAAUCAGAUAUUUCAGUAACUUCUCAAGGAAUUACCGCGCAUGGGGAUAUAGAAGAGGAUCCACCAAGCGCCGCAAUGAUCGAGGAGCAGGUGCAGCCACGAAACUUAGAAUUGGAAUAUUUGGAUCGUCCUUUACAAGACUAUUACGAUAUUCUUCGCAACAAGAUUAAUUGGGGGAAUAAUGGAUCUCAUGGCAAGGUUAAUGAUUGUUACGAUAAUGGAGAUGAACAAGCAAAUAGUCAUAAAGACGGAUCUACUAUCGGAGAGAAAUCACCUAAAGUAGCAAUGGCCAGGUUAUCUUCGGAAGAAAUUGAUAAAUGGAUAUCUUCCGGCAAAAGUGAUUCCAUUAAAAACACGAGUAGUGCUAAGGAGGGUAAGAAAUUUACUAAUGAAAAAGAAAAGUCGCCAGUAGUGUCAGUAUCGCGAUUAUCGGCAGCCGAAAUGGAAAAAUGGCUACCUUCAUGCAAUAACAGUGUUUCUGAACAAGAAAAUACAAACAUGCAACAAAAAUGUAAAGAAAACAAAACCUUACAGUCUUUAUACGAAAUUCACAAAUGGUAUCCGUCACGCAGAAAUUCCAGCUCGGAUGUGGAAUCAGUGCAAGACAAUCAAAAUGAAGCUAAUAAAUCGUUUAUCAAACUUAUUUUUAAGGGUAGGGAACCAAUAAAUGUAACGGCAGACCUAUCCAAUGACGUAACACGAUCUCAGAGAAGCAAACACGAGGAAUCAAUAAGAAAAGAUAGCAGCAGAACGAAAUCGGAAAUUUCUAAAAGGAAUGUAAAGAAGGCUAAUAAUGAAAAUGAUGAUACAAAUGAUAAAAACAUUAGAACUACCAUUAAAUACAAUACUUUUAAUGAAUCAAAAAGUAGAAUUGAACAAUCUGAUUCUACUCGAAAACAUAAUUCUGUCAUAUCACCGGUAAAAAUUGGUAAUUUCUUUUCGCAAACUAUAAAACCAAGCACGCACUCAGACGAUGACGAAUGCGUAAAACGAGUGAGAAAUAUAUUCGCUGAGAGUGAAAGAAAUGUUAGUACUAAAAGAAAAACAGUCGAAAGUCAUUCACACAAUCAUCUAGAUGUACUAUCGAGUCCUAAUUCUACAUCUACUAAGAUUAACUCAAGCACAGCUACGAAAAGGAAAUCAGUGUCUCUCGCUCCUGAAACUAAAAAGCCAAAGAUAGAUGUGGUACAUGUUGCGAAUGAGGACAGCGUUCCAAGCACGUCUAGUGUGAAUGACUGGUUCAGGAAGAAUGUACCUAGUUGUAGUAGAGAUGAGAUAUUUCAAUUAUCAAUUAUAGAUUGUGUUCAAAAUGUUGUGGAGAAAUUAGAUACAACACUUGUUGAUAUCAAUCAACAUACAAGUAAGAAGUUAAUACAUAUGUUCGUGGACGCUCAGAAACAGUUGGACGAACACAGGGAGCGACGUCACGCCAUGUACAAGCAGGCGGCUUCUGAAAUGCUCGCGCAAAUAGUUCAGAUAAUGGAUGAGAAAUUUAGCGAUUUGGACAAGAGAUCGCAGGAAAUGGACAAUACGUUUAUGGAGAAGCUAAGAAGCCAUGCUUCGGAAGUGAUAUUGGAAGACUCGAAUCGGAAACAAGCUAUGGUGCAAAUUUUGAAACAGGAUGUCGAAGCCGUUGCAGAGUAUGUUAAGAACAAAUUGUAGGUUUCUAUCGGCGAAUGAAAGAAAGUAAUAAUGUGCGGUGGAUGUCUUAUCUAUAAUAAUUUGAUGUCGGUUUUGCUAAGGUUAUAAUGGUAAAGAUAGUCUAAAAAACAUUCGGGAAAAAUGAUUUUAAUUUUAUUGAAUAUGCAAUUUGGAAAAGUGCACAUGUCUGAAAAUGUGAAAAGUUCAGGAAAUUGAAAAACUUAUUUUCUAAAGUAGUGUAAAUUUUUAAAUUUAUUUUUGGGCUACAAAUUGGUUUUUAUUAGCAAUCAAAAAUUGUUUUGUUAUUUGUUAUUAUAUACAUUUCUAGAUAUUUUAUAUUUAUGAGAUUUGCCCUUUUCGAAAUUGCAUAUUCAAUUAAAUAUAAUAUUUAUAUUUAAAAAAUAUCUGGAUUGAAAAAAAAAACAUAGGCCUUGAGGGUGCCAUGUCAUAUAAAUUAUUACGAAGUCUCUUUAUAACGAAAGGGACGCGUUAUGUAAAAAAAUAUCUAUUUUUCCACAUCCAAUCUUUAAGGAUAUAAUUUAAAUCCUAUUUUUGUAAAUUAGUAGAUUUUACAUCACUCAUAAAUAUAUUUUAAUCAGUUUUCCAACUAAUUUUGCCUUUGAUAAGGUGACGAACUGAUUAAAAAUAUUUAUCGCAUAUGUCUGUAGCCUUUCCUUAUAAUAUUUUAUAUGAAUCGUUAUACUAGUCAAUGUUUGCUUCUAUGUUCAGUUUUGGUUCCCAUAACAUGUUCUGUACCAUGCUAUUCAAUAUCUCCUAUUUUCAGCUUUGGUGAAUAUAUAAGAAAGAGACAGCGAUUAAUAAAACGUUUCAUUUAAAAUGUUGUAAGUAAAUGGGUUAUACUAGUGUUGUAAGCGUAAAUUAUUAUUCAAUAUUUUGUUUUGUUGUUGAUUUGAUUUUUUGUUUAAUUCAAUGGUUUUCGUUCGCUCAUAAAUACAUAAUUACCAGGGUAUUGUAAUUUUUGUAUGCGUAAGUGAAUAUGGCGUGUAAUGUACACAGUGAUUUAUUGUAUAGAGUUAUAAUUAUCUGUAAUUACAAUAAAUAGUUUGCUCAUUUCAAAAAA